GGACGGAGAAGGAGCGGUUCCGGCUCUGAUGGAACACACACAGUCAUUCUGGUGAAACUGCUCUCACGUGCCAGGUGACGCAUGCCUAACUUCUUGGCCAUCCCAAUGCGCUCAACAACCAGUGAAUUACCUCUGAAGUUGAUCUCUUCAGAAAAACCAUUGUGGCAUUCUUUGUGUUGUCUGGGAGCAUUGCACCAGUUACUGCAGGAUGGAUUGCUGUAGCUAAAACCAGGUUCGUAUUGGUCACAUGGCCCUUUGGUGGACCACAUAACGGAGAAGCGCCAGGGAUGGACAACUGCUUCAAUGCCAUGUCCGUGCCCAGCACCAGGUCAUUCCACUGGCAGUCCCUGGCACCCUUGGCCGUCGGUCGAGUCUACUGCAGCCCUGUGGAGAGUGGGGGACAACUCUACCUCAUCGGGGGCUGUGAUGAGAGCGGGUCCCCCAUGAACAUCUGUGAAGUCUACUCUCCAGAAGCUGAUCAGUGGACCACCCUGCCACCGAUGCCCACAGUAAGAGCAGGCGUGGCUGUGGCUCCCCUGGGGAAGCGGAUCCUGGUGAUUGGUGGCAUGGGAGUUCAGCGGAGUCCCCUCUCUACGGUGGAGAUGUACAACGUGGAAGAAGGCAAGUGGGAAAAGAGGAAUUCCUUGUGCGAAGCUGCCAUGGGUGUCUCCGUGAUUGUCAAAGACGGCCAGGUGUACGCAGUGGGUGGAAUGGGGUCGGACACGCAUCCACAAGCCCGCCUGCAGCAGUACGACAUCGCGAGUGACAUUUGGCACACGCUUCCUCCCAUGCCCACGCCCAGGUACGCAGCCAGCACCUUUCUCCAAGGCGGAAAGAUCUACGUGUUUGGUGGGAGGCAAGCAAAAAAUCCAGUCACCGCCUUUGAAGUCUUUGACACCGAGGCAAGGUCGUGGGCCAAGUUUCCCAGCAUCCCCUGCCGGCGAUCCUUCUCGAGCUACGUGAUGACUGAGGAGAGCUUCCUGGCUCUGGGAGGCCUCCAGCAGGCUCGGGGCUACAGGAAGCCCAAGUUCGUCAGGACCGUGGAGGUGUUUGACAUUGAGCAGGGGACAAAACUCGGUUACCACAAUCCUGGGACGUCCACAGCCAUCUUCCCUACAGAGAAGGGAAGCUGGAUAAAGACAACACGUCGCUUAAACAUGAAGACUAAGAGGGCCGACUUUGUGGCUGCGUAUCUCCAGGGAAGGGUCAUUGUGGCUGGAGGACUGGGUGACCAGCCAGCUGUCCUGAGCUCAGCCGAAGCCUUGAACCCAGUGAAGAAUCGGUGGGAGAAGCUGCCGCCCUUGCCCACCGCCCGCUGCACCUGUUCCAGCAUCGUCUUUAAGAACCACCUCUUUGUGAUUGGCGGCGUGUCGCAGGGCCCCAGCAGCGCCGUCGAAGCUCUCUCCCUCACAGACUCCUAAGCACUUGGUAAAUGCAGAGUGGGAUGGAUAGAUAUCAUCCAAAGGCCAGCUGGAGGUCACUUCAUUCAAGAUUUUCUGCCAUUUGCUUUUGGAUAGAGAAGGCUUCAGCCCUUGUUGGAUGUCAGAACUCAUGAGAAAGGCAAAUCCAUUUCUUGGCAACACCCAGCACUUCCCCAACACUGAAGAAUGAAUGUCCAGAACAGGGGCUCCAACCUGGGGUUCAUGGACCCCUUGCUUAAUGGUAUUGGUUCAUGGCAUAAAAUAGGUUGCAAACCCUUGGUUCAAAGGAAACCUUCGAUAUCUGUGUGCAUUGAACUUUGUGUGAAGCAAUCUGUAUUUUUUUUACACAUGUCAGAUGUUUAAGGAGUUAAGAAGUUUUAAAAUUUGUAGGUCAAUCCUAGUUGAGCUGCAUGACAUUCUAUCAUCACCCUGUUCCUCCUUCAUGUAACGUGAGGAUUAAGUUUAAAAAAUGACUUUCUUUGCACAUUCUUCAUCUUGCUUUCCUCAACAAUCUCCAUCCAGAGCUCAGGAAGUUUAUCCAGGACUGUUCCAGACAUGAAGCAUGCUUCGCGUAUUUCUCAGUUAGAGAAUCUUUGCACAGAGCUCGGAUGAAAUUGACUUCUUUCGCAGAGGGUGGGGGAUUGACUACACAGGAAGAAGAAAAUUUUGUAGCAUGACUCAGUCAAUCAGAAGAUGAAAACAGCUUGCUUCUUGGACUCAAGGUGAGAACACAAAUGGACCUCAGUUCGACCUCUAACAUCAAACAAUCCUCUGUGUACCUGAAUGCUUGAAUUGUACCCAAUCUAACAUUAUCUUUUUUUAUGGUGAUGCGUGGUCAUUUUAAUAUUGGAGCAGGCAACGACAUGGUAGGAAGAGUCUAACCACCUUCUCCUUCACUUUCAAUGCUGCACCAUCAUUUAAUCCCCUACUCUUAAUGUCCUAGCAGUCUGUAUUGAUAUAGGUGGGCCUCUAUAAUGAAUGGCUCUACUUUUAACCUUUCAACACCUUUCUACCAUCGACAAUCAUACUAGGAUUAUGAUGGAAUCCCUGCUGUCUGAUAGAAUGUUGCUCCAAGAAUAUCCAAGAAUCUUGGCAUCAUCCAGGGCAGAACACCUCCUGUGAGUGGCACCCCAUCAGCCAUCUUGAUCCUUGACCAAGGGUGCCAGUGUUCUCCAUCAACCGGGAGAGCAUGGCUGUUCACCAAGUCUUCCAGAGCACACCCCAAACCUGUGAUCUCAACUGCUGAAAGAGGAAGGACAAUGUGCAGGUGGGAACUUCACCACCCACAGGUUCACCAAAUGCUCACCAUCCUGACCAUCUCCUUCAUUGCUAGUCCAAGAUCCCGGUAUACAUUACUUAAUAAGAUUAAUGAGAGAUCAUUAUGACAGAAACUACUGGUCUGAGAAGACAGCUCAGUGCUACCUUCUUAAGCAGUGGUUCCCAACCGUUUUUAUGCCUUGGACCAAUACCGUUAGGCAAGAGGUCCAUAAACCUCAGGUUGGGAACUGCUGUUCUUAAGUUCUGCAUCUUGAAUACUGAAACUCUAGACCUACACUAAUCUUGACACUGAACUGUAGAAUCAAGCCUAUGAUACAUCAGUAUUGACCAAUAAAGUAAGUCAUUGGGUCCCAGCACCUGGAGGUUCCA